AUGGAUGCCCCACCCACCGUACAGCCAGGGGAUGUCUCGUCGAGCUAUAAGGACCUCCCUUUGUUCACACCACAUUCUGCUAAGGCUUCCUGGCUUGCCUAUGGAGACUGUGCCCUGUUCAUGGUCAUAGUUAUCGUAACAGCAAGGCAGUUGAUUCAACAGAAACGUGAGGAGAGGCGUGGUGGAGAUGCUGCCCCGGCAGUGUCGCUCACUGGUAGCCGUACUCGUAAGCUCUUCCUUAUUGGCUUAUGCCUGUCCAACCUAGCCAGAGCAGUGAGUAUGAUCAUUGAUGCUGUCGUCCACACUGAGGUUAGGGAGCACGUAUGGGAGCAUUCUGUCCAGGGUUGGACCAACUACUUCCUCAUGGUCUUCCCAUCCUUGCUAUUCCUAUCCACCUAUAGCAUCGUUAUACUAUUCUGGGCUCAAAUACAAGUAUCAAGUCAGUUGAAAGAUCGAUCGCGAAGGCAGCGCUCAGUUGUUGGGGUCUCCACGACCGAGGCAAGCAAGAACCGAGCGGUUCUCAAUCGGGUAUACUGUAUCACGGAGUGGAUACCAUCGCUGCUCAUUGUUAUAGUAUUCUGGCCAGCUACACGACCUUCGAAUCGGGCUGGAGGGGAUGGCCAAAGGUCGGACUACGGCGACCAAUCCUCGAGUUAUGAUUCUCUCGUAUCACCUCUGCUGGGGCCCCAUCAAGGGGAGUCCAAUCAAGACAUAGAAGCUAAUAGAAAGCAGGCCAGGACGGAACAGGAGGAUGCCAGGUAUCUCAUCAACUUUGUAUUUGAUACACCAUCUAGAAGUGUCGAGCCUUUAGAUAACGAUGCACUGAAGAAAGUCGUACCCAAGCUACCUCAUGCUAAUCCAGUGGGCCCUACCAAGCCCGUCACUGACGUGCCGCCACCCGGGGGGUCCGAGCAGACUAAAGCUACAAAUGGACGUAAGGGACGAUCCUGGAGCCAUCAGCUACGAGACGUUUGGACUGGGCAUAAGGAACAACCUGGAGCUCGGAAGGGGAAGAAAUGA